UUUUGUUGUGGACGCGCCUGCAUGUGUAUCGGCAUUCCCAUUUCCCUGGUCAGUGAUAACUUUAAAGUGUGAUGUGUGUUUGUUUUUGUUGCUGUUGUUGCAUGCAAAUUUCUUUGUCUUGAGCGGUGGGUGGCUUGUGAAAAAUUAGUAGUCCAAUGUAUCGUCACAAUGCGGAGAGUUCAUUUUGCUUCAUAAAUCGCUUAAAUGGCGCACCCAACGAUGAACUGCAACAGACGGGCGAGCACGAGCCCACUUCGGCACUUCUCAGCUACUGCAAGCAUAAGUUCCUGCGUCCCUAUACGUUAAUACUCUCAGUAGUAGGACUCAACCCCAUCUCCACCGAUAUGAGCCCUGUGCGCGCCUGUUGCAGCUAUGUCCAGGCCCUAGUGGUGCUAUGUGUCCUACUUCUUGGCUACCUGUUGCGCUAUUUGUGCGGCUAUCGCGGCGAUCGUGGCUUUAACAGCUACCGUGAUAUACGUCCCUACAGCUUAGAGAGUAGUGAUGGCGCCAAUGCAACCACCAACACUAUUGGCGAACUUCUAUUUGGAUAUGUGGUGCCGAGCUCACUCAAUCUCCUGGGUUUCGGAGCGGCUGUUUUCAUCUGUAAAAUUGUCGAUCAUGAGCAAUUGCAGAAUCUGAUUGAGCGCGUAUUCCUCAUGUCCGCCAAGCCAAAGCGUUUGUGCCGCAUGCUCUGGCUGUUCCUAGGAGUAGCAUUUGCCCUCCUACUGCUGCUUUUUGCGUACGCCUGCUGUGUGGUGCUUAUGCAGCCCGAGCAAAUUAUCAAAGUGGCCUGGCUGGCAGCAAUGCUGCAGGAAUGGGAAGCAUGCCUACGCGCAAGCUUGCUGUGCACCAUCCUUCUACAGAAUCUAGUAGAGGUGAUCAUUCUGAGCAGUUAUUACAUUGAAUGCUACUUGCUGCGCGUGCACCUACAGGCGUUGUCGCACAAGCUGUUAAUGCACUCCAUUGACUCGCUUGACUGGAUGCGCGAAGUGCUGGAGUUUCGAAAGCUACUGGAGCGGCUAAACCAGCAUGUGGCCAUACCCGUUUGCUUUCUUAUUGUUAUGAAUCUCGCCUACGCCUUUGCGGGUCUGGUCUACCUCUUUAAGGACUUUGAUUUUCACUACUGUGCGCUCAAGUUGGUCCUGCUAAACAUUGCCAAUGUGAUGCUGUGGUUAUUCCUUGGCCUGCUGCCGUUCUUCGUGGCCGCAUCCGUCACGCGCGUCUGCCAGAGUGCACAAGCCAAUGGCCAUCAGAUACGCGUGCGCCCUUUCGUCUAUCACAACACUUCGGCAGAGGAUCUCAACUCGACACUUUUGUUCGCCUCCUCUCUAGAUAUGUCAGCAAAGCUCUUCCGCAUGCCCAUACAACCCAACUACCUAUGCUUUGCAAUUCUCGUUGUGGCCUUGGUUAUCCUGACGUUAGGAAUGUGCCUCAAUCUGACAGCGCUGGGCAAGAUCUAAGCCAUUAUAUAUUGUUGAUAGAUUCAUUAAUAUUGAUAUAAAUAUUAGUAUCAUUAUAUUAAUAAUGAAUCAAUAUCAAAUCAAAAGCCUUUCAGGUACUUACAUACAUAUCUACUAAAAUUAAGUUUCUACGAAAGACCAAUUCCUAAAU